AUUGUUUGACUUUAGCGCGAUGCUAGCCACUAGAAGCGCCGAGGAUGAGUCCCCGGAGGUGGAGGAGAUGGACACCCUGGAGCCCAACUGGUGCUGGUUCUACCUGGCCGAGUGCGGGGUGUGGCACAUGUUUGAGAUCGACCCGAGCGCCGCCUGCUCCGUGACCAGCGCUCAGAUCGAGCAGUGCUACAACCGGAACCAGCGCGGCGUCAUGGAGUUCUACACGGCCAAGUACACGUACCGGCUGGACUUCUCGGUCAUGCGGCAGGUCAACCUGACGACGGGGAAGCAGCGGCCGAUCAAGCGCUCCCUCCACUCGGCGACCGGUUUCAGGUUCAUUUGCGACAACCUGGCCUUGCCUGUGCCGUGCCACUGGGAGAGGAUCAACACGGAUGAGCCCUAUCAGCUGGUCCAGCUGGGCCGAGACACCUACGAGUUUAAAGAAGUGGCCCGGCUUUAUGAAAGGACCAUGGAUCGACCCAUCAAAUCCAUCCAGAGGAUCCAGAACUUGGACUUGUGGGAGUUCUUCUGCAGGAAGAAAACGCAGCUGAGAAAGUUGAAGCGCACUCUGGACAUUGAGGAGCGGAUGCUUUUCCAUGGCACGGGACACAACAACAUCCAGGCCAUAUGCAUGUUCAACUUUGACUGGCGGCUCACGGGAAGCAACGGCGACGUCUACGGCAAAGGGAGCUACUUCGCCCGCGACGCCAAGUACUCCAGUAAGUUCUGCCACAACACGGGCAAGCACAACAGCAACCUGCAGCGGCACGGGCUGGCGCCGCCCAUCUUCGCCAGCGAGCCGUCGUACAAGAGCAUGUUCCUGGCGCGGGUGCUGGUGGGCGAGUACACGCUGGGCCACCCACUGUACUGCCGCCCGCCAUCCAAAGACACCAGCCUCACCAACUUCUUCGACAGCUGCGUGGACGACACGGCCAACCCUAAAAUCUACGUCAUCUUCGACAGCAACCAGAUCUACCCUGAGUACCUGAUCGAGUUUUACUGAGAUUGCGCGCGCUCCCUUUCCCAGCGGUUCAAGCAAUGUCAAGGUGAUCUUUGUGCCUAAGUCGAGCAUGAAUAAUCUCAAGUGCCUUUGAAGAGGACAAUGACAACUCUGUGAGCUUUUUUCCCCCCACCGCGCGUACACAUGGGACAUUGACACUAAAUAAGUCUACAAAAGAAAAACAACAAUGACACUUGAGACUUUGUCAUAAAUCUUGGUGGCUAUUUUGUGCAUAUAUAUCGACGCAGAACAUCCUCAUGGUCUCCACAUGUGUAGCACUGUCACGACAAGUAGACCGCAACACAGAAUGUCGCUUUGCAAUGUGUGCAUAACAAAUCUUCAGAUGUUACAUUUCUUUGUGCGUGUGUGUGUGUACAGUGCUGGUUCUCGUGUGGUGAGGAAUAAGAAGUGACUGAAUUCGCCACAAGGUGGUGCAAUAGUACACGUAUGGUUUCAGAGAAACUUUGUCAAUUUGAGUUAAGAAGUCUGUAAUUUGCACAUCGUGUGACUAAUAAACGUCUUUUGAUAUAGAACACCUUA